AUGUAUUUACAGUUAUACUUCUAUGAUACUGAAAAUGAAAUUUGUAAUAGACUGAUUACUUCUGACAAAUUUUGUGAGUUUACUUUGAGAAAGUUGAUAGAUGUUCUAAACAAAAAUCCCUAUUCAAAGUUUUUCCGAUCAUUACGUGAAGUUAGUGAUUUAGAAUCAUAUUGUAAUUUACUGAAGUCUAAUCCUGGUGUUGAUCGAAGAAUAUAUAACUUGCCAACAUCACAACAAGUGGCAUUAGUUUGGGUUGAUAAUCACCCAUCUACAAAUACUAGAGAACCUGGAUGUUAUGAAAGUAUUGAAAAGGUGAAUGUAAGUGUUUCACAAGCUCUGACUUUUAUAGCAAUAUGUUGUGGAUAUGGAAUUGUAGAUAGUGUACAAAAUAGUGAGAAUAGAGGUUAUAAAAUUGGUAGAUCAUUAUUGUUGCCUUCUAAUUUUGUUGGGGGUCCUAGGAACAUAACUAAAAGAUAUAUGGAUGCAAUGUCUUUAGUUCAGAGAUAUGGUAAACCUGAUAUGUUUUUGACAAUAAGGUGUAAUCCAAAUUGGCCUGAAAUAAAAUGUGAAUUGAAACACAGUGAUGAAAUACAGAAUAGGCCAGGUUUGUUAGUAAGAAUAUUUUGUGCCAAGUUUGAGGAAUUGAAGGCAGAUUUGGUUAAGAGAAAGUUGUUGGAUCCUAUUGCUGCACAUGCUUAUGUGAUUGAAUUCCAGAAAAGAGGAUUACCUCACGCACAUUUUCUUCUUAUAUUUAAACGAAAUUCUAAGAUCCGAAACUAUGUACAAGUCAAUGAAAUUGUCUCAUCAGAAAUAUCAGACAAAAAAAACCCUUACCUGUAUGCUACUAUUUUAAAACAUAUGAUGCAUGGUCCUUGUAGGAAUUUGAAUCUUAAGAAUGUUUGUAUGAAAAAGAAUUUUGUGUGUAAAAAUAAAUAUUCGAGAGAUUAUGUUGAAAAUACUUCUUUGGGUAAUGAUUCCUACCCACUUUGCAAGCGUCGCAAUGAUGGUGUAAGUGUUAAAGUAAGAGGGUGUAUGUUGGAUAAUAGAUGGGUUGUACCGUAUAAUCCUUACAUUUUAGCUAAAUAUGAUUGUCACAUUAAUGUGGAGGUAUGUUCUUCUGUUAAAGUUGUUAAAUAUCUAUACAAGUAUGUGUAUAAGAGACAUGGCCGCAUUCAUUUUACUUUAGAUAAAGAAACAAACGAACAAUUCGUUGAUGAGAUUUCAAACUAUCAAACAGCUAGAUGGAUAUCUCCACCUGAAGUUAUGUGGAGGAUAUUUAGUUUUGAUUUAUUUGAUAUAUCUCCUACAGUAAUUUUUUUACAGUUAUAUACUAAAGAUGCUCAAACGGUUACAUACAAUGAGACAGAUGAUUUAUCAAAGGUUAUAAAUAAGGAUUUUGUUCACCGAACAAUGUUAACAGAAUUCUUUAAAAUGAAUAUUUCAAAUGAAAAGGUGAGAGUACUUUCCCAUGAUCUUCUUAGUGAAAAUAGCUAUUUUGAGAUGUGUUUAUUUGAGGCAGUUGCUUACCAAAUGCCCAUAUUACUGCGACGACUAUUUGCCAAUGUAUUAAGUUUAUCUUGCUCUACAAAACAAAUGAAUUUACGGAAUAAAUUUAAGGAUUUCAUGAUAGAAGAUUAUUUACAUAAAGGUUUCACACAACAAAGUGCUAAGAUGGAAGAUUUACACUGUAUAAAUUCUUUCUUAGAAAGUGUUGGUAAGAGUAUAAUUGAUUUUUACUUGGUAGAUUUUGAUUUAUCUGUGAAUGAUGAUGAUAUCUUUGAAACCAUGAUUGCCGAAGAAACAACCAAUAUUAAUUUUCAGUCAGACGUACAUUAUAGUAAGAGUUUAAAUAAAGAGCAACAAAAUACUUAUGAUACUAUUUUGGAUUGUGUUUUAAAUGAUAAGAGUGGAAUGUUUUUUAUUAAUGGCCCAGGAGGCACUGAAAAAACAUAUUUGUACAAGACAUUACUUUUUGGUGUACGAUCUCGAAAUCUUAUCGCACUAGAAACGGCAUCAUCAGGAGUAGCUGCAUCUCUAUUAUCGGCUAGUAGAACAGGACAUUCAAGAUUCAAAAUUCCGCUAAAAGUGAGUUGUGAUAUGCGUUGUUCGGUGAGUAAACAGUCUGCGCUUGGUAAACGUUUACCAUUGACUAGGUUAAUAAUCUGGGAUGAAACAUCAAUGGUUCAUAAAUAUACUUUUGAGGCUUUAGAUAAAAUGUAA